AUGUUUCUGAUUUUAUCUUAAGAUGAUCAUCCACUUUAUGAAAGAAGAUUUCCUUUAAAAAAAACUACUUUAGGAAGUUAACAACUUUUAAAUGCAUAAUUUAUAUUACAUGCUUCUUUAGAUGUGUUUGAAGAGAAAUAUAAAUCAUCAAAAGAAUUGUACAAAUCAAUUUAAUAAAAAGAUUUCUAAAGGAAAUAGAAUAAAAAUAGGAUUAUAGAAUCUUUGGAUAUGUGACACCAUCAAAUAUUAGAUUUUUGAUUUUAACAGAUUAAGAAGAAGAAAAAGUUAAAGGAUUUUGUUAAUUGGCACAUGAAUAACUUAUUAAAGUAUUGAUGAAUCCACUUUAUUAAUUGGGAUCAUCUAUUUCUUCUUCUAAUUUUGAUCAUGUAAUUUAAUAGUUGCUUCAAACCAGAUUAAACUAAUGA